AUGACAAUGGACGUUCAAAAUAAUUAUCAAACUUACAAAGAACAAUCUCCUGACAGUAAGGAGACGACUAUAAAUAUUGAAAGUGCUAAAACGACUCAACAAAAGCCAGAAAUGACUACGCUAAAUUCUGGGAAAACGAAGCGAUCCUUCGACGUGGCCUUCCUGAUGAUGCCAGAUGAAAAGGUCCGUCAGACUGCACCAGAACGAGCGCUGCGAGUAUCCAAGCAGCUGUUCAACACAGAAGAGUGGGAGCAUCAACCGAAGAAAGCUGCAGAGUUCCUGAGAGAGAACGAAUAUUCCAAUGAAAAUACCGCAGAUGCCAAGGAGUUGGAGGAAGAAAGAAUUCGUAUCAACAAUAAUAUUUCACCUAAUUUUGGCUCCGAUAUUAACAUCGACGUCGGCACGGACGAGUAUCCAGGCAAGUCUAUCUACUGUAGUGACUCCGACACAUCGGAAAGAUCCCGAAGUCGGCCCAACUCCAACGAAAGUGCCGGAAGACAUCCCAAAUUUUUGCCAGAAUACAAAAACAAAAUUUUCGACGACCCCACGUUAAUAAGCAUGCAGACCAAAGCGAGGUAUGACAGUAGAUUCCUAGAUAAACAUCACGAAACGUCUCCGAAGAGCGCAUUUACAAAAGUUACGAAUUUCAAUAUCAAAUCACCGAACCCUUCAGUGAGUCCUGAUAAUCUUCUGUAUCAAAAUUCUAUAAGCCCACCCCUGUCUUCUGCCAGUUCGCCGUCAAGCUCAUUUAACAAAACCGGCUUUAACAAUCUUCUGACACCCGCUCACUUACUGAAUGGCCACAAUUUCUUCAAAACCCAAAACGUACCAUCUACUUCGCCAAAUUAUCCAGAACCGAGUGCAAUUCCUCGGCACAAUUUGAGAGCAAUGGAUUACCAAGGGAAGCAGGAUCCGAAGGCCCCGAACAUGUCACCAAAUAAAAUGAGCUACCUACCGUUCCGACCGGAGCUGCCGUAUCUUCAGGCGGGGCCAGCGUAUCCAUUCGGAGUUCAGAACUUCCAGCAGCCGAGUCCAGAUUACAUGAAAUUUCCCGCUCCCCCGCGAGAACCUGUCAAUCCGUUGAUAGCGAACCCGGCUGCAGCGAUCUUGAGCACUUUACUUCCAUCGACCAUUGCCGCGUUUUCGCUGCCGGCACAAAACGUCUGCGCCAAGUGCAGCAUCAGUUUUAGAAUGACUUCUGAUCUUGUAUAUCACAUGAGAACGCAUCACAAGAGCGAGUCGACCGCUGAUCCUACUAGGAGGAAGAGGGAGGAAAAAUUAAAGUGCCCGGUUUGUAAUGAGAGCUUCAGGGAGAGGCAUCACCUGACUAGACAUAUGACGGCCCAUCAGGACAAAGAAGGAGAUCUAGAAGAUGUGCCGUCAGCACAGAACUUCAAGAAGUCGAAACAUUUCUAUCCCCACAACGGCACUGUACUCCACAAGUGAGGAAACUCUGAACGGUGGUUUCUGUAGAAAUUGAAUUUGUUUGUUCUAUCGGUAUAAACUAUUGUUGUUAUUUAGUUG